AUGGAGCCUGUUUCAAACACUGCUAGAACUGCGUCUGAGGCAGCGGCCAAGAAGAACGAGGCAAUUACAACUCUGCCUUCAUCCUGGUACCGUGAAGAAGAGUUCUAUGAGCUGAAAAGACGUGCCAUCUGGUCCAAGAAUGGGAUUCUGGCGGCACAUGUCAGUCGCCUCGGGAACACUGGCGAUUACAUCAAGUUUGACGUCGCUGGAUUCUCUUAUUUCCUGAUCAAGGACAAGGGCAAUGACGUGAAAGGCUACCUCAAUGUGUGUCGGCAUACGGCGUACCGUACCCUAUUCCUAAGUGGCAAAAUAGCCAAGGCCCCUCGAUUUGACACGAUUGAAGGGUUUGACAAAGACGACUUCUCUCUCUUCUCGAUCCAUACCCACGUCGAUAGACGGGGCUUCAUUUCGGCCAAUCUUGAUUCAAGCCCUGAGCCUACCAUAAGUUGGGAGUGUCAGCUGGGCGGGACAGACAAGCAGCCAAGGCUGUGGUUGGACCGGGGUGAAUCGAACGAAGAUGAACCGACCUGGUCACUCGAUAUCCGGUCUGAAUUGGGGCGAGACGACUGA